AUGGCAAUGACUACCGUUACCCAGGAGAUCAAAUCUUCCAACAUCUCAGCCGCAAAAAUGUUCAAUGCUGUGAUCCUGCAAGCCGACGCCACUUACACAACCGUCUUUCCUCAAAUGAUCAAGACUAUCGAGACCAUCCAAGGCGAUGGAGGCACUGGAACGAUAUUCAAAGUCACCUUCAUUGAUAGUGCGACAGCUGAAUUAAUGACCUUGGAUACUAGGGUGGAUGUUGUAGACCCAUCGAACUUAACCGCCAAGUACACAAUGACGGAUUCAGAUGAUCAAGAAGUGGUGGUUGAGUUGAAGUUUGAGACAGAAGGGCAAGGUUGUAUUUGUAAGUUGACUACUCAGUAUGUAAAGAAAGCGGAUGAAAUUCAUAGCGGAGCAGAAAGGGUAUUGCGUGUCAACAAGAAGAUGUUUGAGUAUCUCUCAGCCAAUCCCGAUGUUUGUGCCUAA